CAGGGGCCCUGCUGGAAGAGGCGCAGCAGCGAGGUGGCGGGCUGCGUGCGCAAACAGGGCUGCCGCCUCCUGGGCCCGGAGAACGGGAAGUGAGACACUGGACCUGAGGGAGCGCCAUGGCAGUGUUUCUGGAGGCCAAGAAUGCCCAUUCGGUCCUGAAACGGUUCCCUCGUGCCAAUGAAUUCCUGGAGGAGCUGCGCCAGGGGACCAUCGAGCGGGAGUGCAUGGAGGAGAUCUGCAGCUACGAGGAGGUCAAGGAGGUGUUUGAGGACAAGGAGAAAACGAUGGAGUUCUGGAAAGGGUACCCGAAUGCAGUCUAUUCAGUUCGAGACCCUGCGCAGAGCUCAGACGCCAUGUACGUGGUGGUGCCCCUUCUGGGGGUGGCGUUGCUGAUUGUCAUCGCCUUGUUCAUCAUCUGGAGGUGCCAGCUGCAGAAGGCCACCCGUCAUCACCCCUCAUAUGCUCAGAACCGGUACCUAGCGAGUCGCGCGGGGCACAGCCUGCCCCGGGUCAUGGUGUACCGGGGCACCGUGCACAGCCAGGGGGAGACCUCUGGGCACCGGGAGACAGGGAGCCCCCCGCAGGUGGUGCUGGGGCCUAGUCGCGGGGGUAGAACCACGGUCCGCCUCGAGAGCGCCCUCUACCUUCCUGAGCUGUCUCUCUCCAGGCUGUCCAGUGCCACCCCUCCGCCGUCCUACGAGGAGGUGACAGGUCCCCAGGAGAGCAGCGGUGAGGAGGCGAGCGUCUCUUACAGCGACCCGCCCCCGAAGUAUGAGGAGAUAGUGGCCGCCAACCCCGACUCAGACAAGUAGCAGGACUCGGGUCCUGUCCAGUGUGAAAGCCUCGUUCAGGGGCCUCCUGUUUUCUUUUUAACUUUUUUAAGACUGUGCCACCACAAAACAGCCUUAGCCUCCUUGUUGCCAAAUAAUUUCCUAUCCGUGGAUUUGUAGGAAGUCUGUUGUCAGAGACAGGUGGAGGGGGUAGGGAUCACGCAUGCAUCAACACCUCUGGGGAGAGCCACAGGCCAGAGAGCCUAGCUCUGCCGGAAGCCCUCACGCCCCUGCCAUCCUGUCUUCCUGUCAGGGACUGGCUUCUCUUAUGCCAAAGGAAUCACCCCAUUGAAUUGAUUGUGGCCAGAAUGUCCAUAGGCUCGGGCCCGGGGGCCACGCAGCUGGCCGAAGACCGGUUUGUCUGAAGCCUCGCCACAGAGAUGAGGGAGAGAAGCCAGCCCUUCAGCGCCCUUUUCCCUCACUAGCCCUGUGCUUUCUGUCCUUGCUCACGUUUGACAAGGACAAGGACAGAACAGAAACGAAAAGAGUAAUAACACAACGAACACAAUAAAACAGAACGAUAUCACCUGGGCCACUCAUAGGGGUUCAAGGGAAAUCAGUCACGCAGAUCAUCUGUGACACUCCCCUCCCCCGACACUCACCCCACACUCCCGACCAGGUUCAAGGGAAUGUCUGGAGUCACCUGGAAGGAGGACGGGGGUGUGUGAAGGAUGAGGGGCGGGGCCUGGCCGACAGAGCUACCUCCUUCAGACUGGGGACGUUGCCAUCUGGAGGGUAGCUCUGAUCCUACUGUGCUUGGCCUCCCCCAGACCCUGGCUCUCCAGGCACGUGUACCUUUAGCUGUGCUAAAGCCGCUACCCAUUGGCACGAGCCCUAUCAUAGCCUCGGGAAAACGGACGCUGCUGACCCUGCCUGUGGAGCCCAUGGCCUUUGAACGGGCGGGGUCUGGGCUGGGGCAGAGAGCUGAAGUUUUCUGCUUGUGAGGUUGGCCCGUAGGAUGAUUAAACCCACGAACUGGGCUUCCUCAGCACUGUGCUCUCUGGCUGUGAACUUUUAGGCUACUGCCCUUUUCGUGAGUAGGUGUGUUGAGAUGAACUUGAAUUUCAGAUGGCUGAUUUCUUCUUAAUGAUGGUGCCCACCAGGGGAGAAGAUCCAAAAGUGUCCCUUUUUAGAAAUUUCUCUGUGGGGGAGAUGGGGAAGCUCAUGACCUGGGGUUGACGGCCCAUCAGUGAUUUGCUCUGUCAUUAGCAGAUGCUGGUCCACUGUUAGUAACCCCUUUCUGUGGCCCAGGAGCUGCCCACCUCUCCAUUUCAGUGAGGCUUCGGGCUGCAGCGGGGCAGAGGUGACCCGCCCUUUAAAUGUCAGCGACCGCGCAAAAGACACUGUCAAUACUGCCUCCCCACCCCUCCAUCUUCAUCCUCCUGGCCUCAGCACCAAACCAUUUUUCCUCUGUGGUGCUUUAAAAAAUGUAGCAAAUUUUUGUGGGGCCCCAAAGAGUGCACAGCCAGGGUCUAUUGGCAACCACAGCAGUUUAAAACCCACUGAGAAGACAAGCUUCUCUCUGUCUAAACAGCUCUCCAAGGCAGGCCUCAGGCCUCGUUCUUUGAAUGCGGCCCUGCCUAGAGGCCACAGAUGACUUCUGGAGGCCCCUCCAGUCCUGGGCACUCACCCAGGAACAUGCUUCAAACGAGGAGGCUUUGUGUUCUUACCCCAGCGAGGCCACCAGCUUGGACAGCACAACCCUGUGGCCGGGGUUUUCCAUCCUUACCCCUACCUCACAGGUCUCCUGGAGGCUGGCUGAGCUAACGCCUGUGCAGUGCUUGAGACACCGGGAAGCCAGUGCAGUUUGCCCUUAGGAAGAUUCUUCUAGAAAUAUGUAGGUUAUAAGGGACCAGUUUUAGCGGAGGCCUUUGUAGGACUCUGAAGUCGAGUCUCAACCUGGGGAGUCAGUCUCCCGCGAGUUGGACCGUUCCGCACCCCUGCUCCCCUUCCCCGAGAGCUCCCUGAUGCCAGAGGUGCUGACCAGGUGGCAUUCCACCUUUCCUUCCUCCCUCUUUUCCUCCCUCUGGGCCUCCAGCACCGCACUCCUGCCCUUUUUCACAAAGGCAUUUUGGGCCUAGAAAGCCCCUGCUUUGUCCAUGAGGGAUGCUGGGGUCCAUCCUAUUCAGCCAUGUUGGAGGACCCGGGGCAGCCUGAGGCUCCGGGGCUGGUCCCUGCCAUCCCAGCCUUUCCUCGGGGGCCGUGCCUGCGUGUGACCCUGGAGCACGGGAGAGAGCCAGCCGUGGGCCCCACUCACCAGAGCCAGAGGGAGGUUGCCCGGGACUGCCUGCUCCCUUUGGCCCCCGUCGAGCCCCUCUCUGCUGAGCUGCUUGCUGUUUGCAGCCGGCUGGAGGUGGGAGCGGGUGGGAUGCAGGAGCCCGGCCCGUUGGAGGGCGGCCUGCAUCCUGCAGGCGCCGAGCUCUCCGGUUCAGGUGCUUCGCAGCGUUCUUCCACGUGGGGUUGCCACCGUGGUCUCUGGGACGUUUUUCGCAGUAUAUCAUAGAAAAAAAGAUUGUACAGUACACCAUGGUCAUAACUCCUCGUGGUGCACAUUUGGCUUUUACGAAUGCCCUGUACAUAUCUUUUCAAACUCUGUCUUUGUAUGGAUGUUGAUUUGAUACAGCGCUUAAUCUGCAGUAGCCACAUUUUCAUUGUUUUUGGACUUGUGUGUGUGUGUGUGUGUGUGUGUGUGUGUGUAUACACGUGUGCACGUUGCCUUUUCUCACAUGCUUAUUUGAAACAAUAGCCGGUGUGUGGCUAUAUUUGUACCAGGAGGGUUCCGGUCUGAAGGGAGGAAUGUCACCUCCCAGGGCUAGGCAGCCUGAGGACAGGACCCUGAGUCAGGAAAGCCGAGAUUAGCUGUUGGAGCGAGCCCGCCAGAGUUGCCGCCUUCCGCCCUCCUUCACAAAAGGUUUUGGAUGAAGAUGAAGCAACUCCAUCCUGUGGGCCUCCCCACUGUGGGACCCCCCCCCCUCACAUGCCCUUUUGGAGCAGUGCCCCCAGCCUUGGCUCCUGUUCCGUGGGUAUCAGCAGCUGAAGGAAAUCUGAGCACUCCUGGGCCUUUUUGGUUUUUAUUUUUAUUUCUGGUGGAAAGAUGUGUGACUGUUGACUUUGGGAACGGCAGGGCUGGUUAUUUAGAUAAUUUUCACUUAAAAAAAAAUAGAAAAGGCUUUGACAAAUUCCUUGGAAUGUGACUGUCACAUGUUUUCAACCAAAAUCUUUCAAAGACUUUUUCAAACAAGCAUCACAAUCUUGCCCCUCCCCUGCUACUCCCCAUCACUUGGGGGUUUACAAAACGAAAGCACAACAGGAAGUGGAGUGUGCAGGUGCCCAGCGUGUGCAGCCCUGCACAGCUGUGACGCGCCCUGGCUGACGGACACACAACACUGCGCCGUCUGACCCGGAGGCCAGGGCCCUCCUCUUCUACUUGCGAAUCCCACUGCCACUAGUGUGAAUUCCUUAGGGUGCUUCGGAAAAUAAGAAUCUGCCCAAUUUGUUGGACUUUGUGUUUUCGGUAGCUUGAAGAUGACGGAUCCGGGUCAGGAAAGCAUCUUUUUGCUAAGGAGUUGGAGCCAGAUGGUUCUUCUCUGGCUGGAGGUUGAUCUUUUCACAACCAAAUGGCAUCCCACAAGAAGAACUAAAAACUACGCUGCCUCUAGAUUGUUCCUUUGUCCGAGAGAGAGAGAGAGAGAGAGAGAGAGAGAGAGAGAGAGAGGGAGAGGGAGAGAGAGAGAGAGAGAUUAUUAAGAGAAACUCUCUUACCUACACUCUCUGUUUCUAGGAGUGUGCGUGUGUGUGCUACGUGUCAUGUGUGUGCCCUCACGUUCAAGGCCGAGAUGGAGAGCUGGGCAGACAAGCUGCUGUCUAGGCCGCUUUUCAGCUUGACAAGAACGCAGCUGCAUGUCAGGAUUGCACUGAUUCAGAAACAAGCACACCCUCCCCACCGAACGCUACUCAUGCUAAUCAGUAUAAUUAGCUAAUUUAAAAGUACUUUAAUCAGACUGCCUGCAACUAUGGUAAAAGCCCAUUAAUUCGAAGCCCACUAAUUCAAAACUUAGAGAAAAUCACAACUUAAGAUAAUUCACGGUAUCUGCGAUUCUCACUCCGUAGAAAUAUUCAAGGUAUUCUUCCCUUCAGUUAGUUUUCAGGGGCAUAUGUGUAAGAGGGAUCUAGUUUAAUAUGAGUACCUUUUUCAAAUAAAAGGCUCAAGAUAUUAUGGAUCCCUUCACCGUGCCUUCGGCAGCUCUCAUUUUUCGGGCUCUUCGUGUACAGGAUGAUCUCUGGUUCUCUCUCUACCGUGGGAAUGUUGGGUAUGGCAGCUUUUCAUUCUCCUCCUUUAUUUGCUCUAUGAAUAAAAUAGUUUGUGAACUAAACUGCAAUUUAAAGUAAUAUAACUGUAUAUCUUGCUAAAUCGUCUGUAAAGCAGAUGUUUCGCUAUCAGACUGGCCGCUCCCAUCAUUCGCCCCCAAAUAUUCAAACGCAUCGAGCUUUUCCUUUCACAGGCUGUGGGCGGUGAGUCUUUCUGGAGCAAGAAUUUUCCUGACAAAGAUAUCCUAACAGCGCAGCACACCCCCUCGGGCUCAGUGCCUCAACAGUUGUCCCACUGUACUGAGCUAUGUGACCGUUGCCCGGUGCCUGCCCUUCGCCCGCCCCCAGCCCAAGUAUUAACACAGAUAUUCGAGAUUGGGACAAAUCCCACAGCUGCUUAUGCCUCCCAAUCUGUCUCCCCUUACGGAUGCCACUUUCCCAGGCCUGAACACACCUGCUCUUUCACUCUGUGGUCGUGAAUUUGUGACAGUGGAAACCCUGAUAUGUGCAACUGAGCUUAUAGACAAGAUUACUGUGAAAUGGAUUAAUUUUGGUACCACUUUAAACUGUGCUCGUAAUUCAUGUGUUGACCCAUGUCAGCUGGGAAAUCUGUACAUUCAGUAAUAUGUCAGGAUUUCACUGGAGCCUGGGGGCAACAAACAAACGUACUUCUGAUUUCUUUCUCUCUCUCUCUCUUUUUGUAAUUGUUGGGUUUAGCUGUUAAGUUUGUCUCUUUCUGUACCAGAAGAUAAUGAAUAAUA